AUGCCAGCAAUACGUUCUAAACGUAGCAAAUCAUGCGCGCAUCAUAAUGAUUCAAAACGUCAGCGAGCUGCCAGUCCAUCACAAGAAUUAGAUGAGGAACUUGAGAAACAGGUUUUACGCACGGCAUUAGAAAGAACUCUCAACAUUUCAACAGAUCCGGACUCCACCAAAAAACAACUAUUAGAUCUUUACAAGCGCAAUCUGCACAAGCUAUCACCAGUACCGACAGCUAUGUGUACGUCACAACUAUCUCAAAUGAUAGCGACAGCAACAACGUUACCAUCGUCGUCUGCACCUCUAGACCCAACACAUGAUCUAUUACAGCAAUUGUCCACUAUCAAUUUCAAUCAUACCAAUGCCACUUCUCAACCAGUAACAACAGCGGCAACAACAACAACAUCGGCAGCAGGUCGUACAGAUGAUUUAUCGACAUCAGCAACAGCAGCAGUAAAAGAAUUUAUAGAUACUGUCCGUAAGUUUUCGAGUGAUACCAACCCUGAUCCACCGCGACAACAACCGUACUCCAUUUUUUAA